AUGACGGUGACUUUUCCGGAUCUUAACGCCAACGACGACUUAUUAAGAACCUGUACUGAUAAAAAUCACACUGGAAACAUCCAGUCGUUUCUGAUAUGCGCAACAAGUGCGCCAUUACAUGAAAAAUGUGGAACAUUUUACAUUAAGGCUGAUGGAAUGCUUAUAGAUGUUGGAAGUAAUGCAGUCACAGCAAUGGAUAUACUCAUCAAAUUACACUAUUGCUUCUAUGUUCAAUUUGCACAUGAUUUAGAAUUUUUUUACAACUUUAUCACGUCUCAAAUUAUGGAGAUGUCGGAUCCUAAAGCCAGAACUUGCUGCAUAGUUUUAAAUUUGAGUUUACAGCACGUUGUCCUUUCAUCUACCUCCGAAAAAUUAACAAGUGAAAUGGAUGGUGCAGAUUGCGAAGAAGAUGCUUGCAGUUUGCACAGUGAAGAUUGAUAGAUUUUAAAUUUAUUAUUAUUAUAGUUCUAAAAUUAUUAUUAUUAUUACUGC